CUGGUUAUGUCACGCUCAUUGGAUGAAUAGAUCGAUGACGUCCCCAUUUCUUAAGUCUAGUCUAAUCCCAGACGCAUCGUUUUCCUCCAAUCACGACGUUUGACCACGCCCAUUCUAAGAGGUCACCGUAAAAAAUCGGAAAUGUCCGAGUCUUGAUUGAAUGCAUGUGUUGAUAUGUUGUUUCUGUUGAUUAAAUAAACCAUGUCUAGUUCGAUGGAAUAGGAAUAACAGGAUAUACUCAGUCACUUCAUUCAUCAUAGGACAUUGGAUUCUUAGGAGCAUUUUAAACCAUAGGCCUACAACCUAUUUGUUUUCAAAUUUGAUAAAACGUUGAGACUGACAUUAAGAGCAAACUAUUGGUUGAGUCUGUCCGAGACACGAUAAAUGACCGGUCCUGAACAAACCAACAACGGUUGUCCUUCUGGUCAGCUGCCACUGUCGUCUGCAGUGUCCUCAACUACGCAGUAUAUGGACAGCAACUUAGUGGCUGAUAUUGCUGAAGGGCCACCACUCUGCGUAAGAUGUUCGCUGCCAAUAUUCGACCAAUUCAUCCUUCAACUCCAGGGUCAGACAUGGCAUUCCAACUGUCUGCGUUGUUCUGUCUGUCAGGGAACUUUGUCACAGAUGUGUUACUCAGACAAUUCACAGUUGUAUUGCCAGAACGACUUCUUCAAAAUAUUUGGAGCCAGUUGUUCACGGUGUCAAGGGAUUAUCACCCCGACAGAGAUCGUAAGACGAGCCCAUGGAUAUAUCUACCAUCUUGGCUGCUUUCGAUGCUCGGUGUGUAAUGGAGAGCUCAGGACAGGAGAUGAAUUUUAUGUCAGUGAUGGAGCUCUUCUAUUCUGUAAGGCUGAUUACUUAGCAACAAAACAGAAACAAAACGAAGCGUUACAUGACGACAUUCAAAUGCAAGCGUUAAAAGAGGUCUUAGAAAAUCAAGCAGACGGCUUCUAUCUGGACGACGCAGACCUCGGGGAAGAUCUUUUAGGGAAAAUUGCUGAGAAUUCUAGUGGGGAGAGCUCAACAAUACACGUACAGUCAAAUCAGGGAACAAAAAAUGGCAAAAGGAUAGACAACCCCGCAAGUUCACAGCAGAAGUCAGAUUUUAAUGCAAGCAGCAGAGUUCAUCCGCCCACCAACGGGUACCCACUUCCAAUCGUUAAUCCAGUGAGUCUUUCAGGUCAAGCUACAGGACAUCCUCAACAGAACCAUCAGCUAAGUUCUACCAUAAAUAAACACACCUUUGACCAGUCCUAUCUCAAGUCUCUGGAGGAACUCUGGUCCAAUGAUUUCGUCCCGCCUAAUGUUAAUCUAGAGCCGCAGCACAUCCUCAACGGCAAUGUGAUAGCAGAAUACCUUCUGUCCGGCCAACAGCAGCAGCAGAGUGGACAGUCCAGUCUGUGUGCCAUCCUGUCAGAAUCCUGACAGUAGAAGUGACAUGUCUGCCACCCUUUGUGUUCAUAUUGCCUCAAAUCAAGUAAAGACAUUCAAUAAGACUAUAGGAACAAAAGAUGUUAUCAUAUUGUAUUACAUUGGUUUCUUGUUAGGACUAGAUGCAUCUUGUAUACAAAUCUCAAUCAACAGAGAUCUCUAUUUUAAAACGCUCUUCAAAUCCUGUAAAUAGUAAUGUAUGUCUUUAGGUGUCAGUGUAUCUUGUUUUUGUUUAAUACAUUCUUUGAUGAAAGAGAUAAAACAUUUUCAAAUGUAAGUAAUAUGUAAAGCCACAUUAUAUGUGAACUUAUAAUUUCUUUGAAAUAGAAA